AUGGCUAGACCACGCUGCGGGGUGAGCGACGCGCCGAGUCGCCGGCUCGGCGUCGCGCCGUUGCGGUGGCCGAGGCUGAAUCUCACGUGGAACUUCCAACUCGCGGAUCGGACUACCCUGCGAACGGCUGAGACCGCCUUCGCUAUCUGGGCCGCGAACUCGUCGCUGACGUUCUCGCGCGACACGAACAAGCCUGACAUCAUCAUAGCGUUCCGCGAGGGUAGGCACACGAUGCUGGACCGUAGGUACGGCGGCGCCGUUUGUCCCGAUGACCUCGAUGGACCGGGCAAGGUGCUCGCUCACGCGACGUUACCAACAGGGGCCCGGGACGACGUGUCGGAGGUGCACAUAGACCACCGUGAGGCGUGGCACAUCGCGCUGACCCCCAAUCCGCAGAAUUCGCAUCAUCUGCUGCGAAAGCUCGUUCACGAGAUCGGUCACUCGUUGGGGCUGUCGCACACCACGGACGAGAACUCGCUUAUGUACGCGUACUCACCCGCCGUGGACUGGCCGGUGGUGCUCGGUAUGGAGGACGUUCUCGCCGUGCGGAAUCUCUACGGCGCCGCGAAGGACGAGCCGUCGACCGCGGUGCCCGCCGAGCCUACGGUCGUACAAACGACUACGACGCCGGCGACUACGACGACGGCAUCGCCGGAACCGCCCGAUCCGUGCACCUGGCGCGACAUCGACACCCUGCUCGUGCUGGGAAAGCGCUUGUUCAUCACGCAAGGGUAG